UGAUUUCCCAUUCUGUCAACUAGAUUCCCAACAUUCAUCUCAAGUUUUGCUUCUUGAGCCAGCCGUCUGUUUUUCCCUUUAGGUACUACCCGUUGUCGGAAGGAACGGCAAGCCUUUCGCUCGUUUCGUUUUCGCUUGUCUUCCAUUCUUAUACUCUUAUACUAUACUAUACGCUCGUUUUCCCCACUCUACUUUUGAGAGUAUCGGCACGUUGGCAUAUGCCUCGAGCCUUUCGCUGCCAUGGCUGACAGUGAGCUAAUGAGAAUUUGUACAGUGGGUGGAAAUGCUGUGUCGGCUUUCUUGUCCUGGAGGCUUCAGGCUACGAACGCUUGCGAUGUAACCCUUGUCUGGAAAUCGGGAUUCGAAAGCGUCUUUCAAUAUGGUAUUUCCUUCAAAUCUGGAUCGUUUGGUAAUGAGCGAUUCAAGCCUCGGCGUGUGGUCCGAACUCCGGAAGAUGCGGCUCAGAAUAAGGAGGGGGCAUUUGAUUAUGUUGUCCUAUGCAUUAAAGCUCUCCCCGACGUAUAUGAUCUUGCGUCCGUAAUUGACGCUGUCGUCACCCCACAACAUACUUGCAUUCUCGUCAAUACGACGCAUACAUUAGGCGUUGAGGCUGCUCUUGAGGAGAGGUUUCCGACAAACGUUGUCCUGUCGCUCGUUUCGAACGCUGAAUUGACUCAAUUGGGAUCGAGCGAAUUUGAGCAUAGUGGUUCAACUGAGGUCUGGGUUGGUCCAGCGAAUAAAAACAGUAGCAUUCCAUUGGCGAUACAGGAGGAUAUGGCUCAGGCGCUCGCCAUGACUCUGAGCACGGGGCGCGUUGACUGCAAAGUUUCUAGCAACAUCAAACAGCAACAGUUUGAACGGGUUAUUGGUCCUAUCGCAUUUCACCCAGCCAGCGUUAUCUUCGAUACACCAUCUCACACAGCUCUCUUAGAAAAAACCGGCGUAAGACAACUGAUUUCUGAUGUAAUUGACGAGCUUAUCGAACUUGCUACCGCACAAGGGUGUACACUCGAUGCUAAGUUCAAGGAGAACACAAUUAAGGAACAGUGUGAACCCUCGGAUAGUCCGAGCAUCAUGUGGCAGGAUUACGUGGCGAGGCGACCAAUGGAAGUCGAGACGUUUCUGGGUUCGCCAAUCAAACUUGCUCAAAGCUCAGGUGUUAAGCUACCUCGGAUUGAAACGCUCUACGCCAUCUUCCACAACCUGAACAUAGUGAACCAGUCCAGACCUAAGGAGAUUAAUGGGCUGCCAACUGUUUCUGGUUCGCCAACAGCGGCAUCACCAAUGCCCCGCAUGUCGUCCUCAGGCCCACCACCUCGUCCAAUGGCCAAUGGCCACCCGAAUGGAAAUGGCCUGCCGAUGCCUCGACCGCGGCCUAGGAACUCAUCUAACUUUAGUGGUCCACCCCCUAAUAUGCGCCGCCCCCCACCACCAAUGAAUGGCGGUCCUCCGAAUGGUUAUAGGCCUAUGAACGGCGGGCCAAACGGACAUGCAUCGCGACAACCGUCGCGACGCGGAUCCUUCGAAGAAGCCGAUCUGGGAGAAUUCAGCCACUUGGUUGUGUAUGAAGAUUCGGCGGAUGCUGGCGAAGGCGGAUAUAAUGCUGACACUUCAGGUAUUGCACUUCGCGAAAGAGAACUUCAAUUACGACAGCGAGAGUUAGCGUUGAAGGAGCAAGAAAUGCGUAUGCGGCGUGGAGGUCCACCACCGCCAGCUGGCGGCAGAAGGCGCGCUCCUCCGGUGCGUAGUGGAGGUGGCAUGUACGACGACGAGGAUGAAGAGGACGACUAUUUUGAUCCAAAUGCAGGCCCAAUUACUCCAAUGGUUGAUCCCGACAAUUUUGACAUGAUGAGCGUCACAUCUAGGAAAAACCGCAGCAAAGCUCCUGCAAACCAAAGCGAGUUGCGCAUGAAUCCCGAAGGACCCGGCGGGGGAGUGCCACCUCGUAGCAGCAGAUGGCGACCGGGUUUCGGCAGAAAUCGUUCUAGUCAAAUCAUGGGUUCUGCGCCCGGCCUUCACGACAACAUUCUCGAUGAUCCACUGAUGAGCUUUACGUCUAACCGGUACGGUAAUGUCGACCGAGGACAGAUGCAGGCAGGAUCUAGGGCGAAUUCUCUCACAGCAUCACAUCUACACGAGCUACAAAAUGGUCCUAAUGGGAUGAGUGGACCGUAUCCAAGACGUGCCAGCCAGUCACCAGGAAACCCAUAUAGUCCCUCAGUUCGGGGUGCAAAUGGCCGACCUUCGCCACCUAACGGCUUCGGAGGACCUGGUCCUAAUGGACGCCCGUCUCCCCCUGAGGGUGUACGCCAGCCGGUUCCUAGGUAUCCUCCCGGCCAAGGCAACAUGGUCGCGCCACAACAAGUAGAACAACGUGUCGGGGUGAGCAAUCUCCAACCACCAAACGCGAAGACAGCAAGAAGUCUGACCGGCAGUGCGAGCGCUAGCGCGGGGAGUGGUGAAUCAACGCACUUAGGUUCCGAACCCUCCGCUCACAGCAGCCAAAGUAGUCUCGGUCCUCGACCUCCGAUUGGGGUCCGCUAGAAGCCUCGAGCGCUACGGGGCGCAGCUAAAGAUAGGGGAGGAUUUGUGCAUCGCUGAUGUGGCACAUAGUUUUUUUUUGGUCGGGUUAAUUCACGUUUUUCUCACCCGACGAAUCUUUUUCUCUUUGCAGGUAGGAUGCUGCGACAUAAUCAGCAUCAGGUUGUCGAAUUC